CCGAAUAAUACUAAUUUUCCCACCUAUAGGUUAUGUCAAACCACAAGCCGUCGCUAGUUAUCUCCAUAAAUGGCGAGUCGAUACCUAGGUGGGAACUGCAUAGUUGGGGUAGGCGACUAGGCCAUUUGAUGAAUGCUACCUAAUAGUUUGACAUUUGACACUUCAUUAUGUCUAUAAAUAGUCGUCUUGAUAUUUCUCCAUGGCAUCAGACAUGGUUAUUUGGAAAAUAAAGAGGCCCGGAAGAAUGCUAUUUCUUAUGUAGGGAUAUAUAACGCUACGUUUCCCGCAGAAAUCUGUUAAUAUGAGACCCUUAUUCCUUGCUUUUGCUACCGGGGCUACGGCCUCAACAUCGUAUCUGGCGUGGACGGCGGACUCGUUUAUCCAACACGGCGUUGAACCGACCCAAGGCUAUGGCGAAGCAACUCUAUAUUCAGGGUACGAAGCCGCAUACGCGCUUACUCAGAACGAGACGUACGCAGAGUGGUAUCGGGGACAGAUCGAUGGCGCAGUAGUCCUAGAAAACGGCACAAUCAAGGACUGUAGAAGCGAUUUCUAUUCUUUAGAUAACUAUCGGAUCGGUAACAACAUCCUAUGGUGGUACGAGCGUACGGGGCUCGCAAAAUAUAAGAGCGCCGCGGAUGUCAUCCGCGCGCAGUUAGAUAGGCACCCGCGGACUGCUACCGGCGGCUUCUGGCAUCGCCAGCCCAACUACCCCAACCAGAUGUGGCUCGACGGCAUCUUCAUGGCGGAUAGCUUCUACGCGAAGUGGACGCGUUUGUUUGAUGCGGAGAACGAGACCGCAUGGGACGAUAUCGCGCGCCAGUACGAUAAUAUCGAUGCGCACACGCGAAAUCACACAUCUAAUCUCUUAGUUCACGGGUAUGAUGAGAGCAAGCAAGCAGUAUGGGCAGAUCCCAUAACUGGUGCCGCGCCGUUGGUAUGGUGUAGAGCUGUUGGCUGGUACUUUAUGAGUCUGCUUGAAGUUAUUCCUUUAUUCCCACCGCGCCAUCCCGGCCGCGAACGGCUCACCCGCUACUUCACGACGCUGGCGGCCGGUCUGAAGGAAGCACAGGACGAGAAUUCUGGUAAUUGGUGGCUCAUCAUGAGCGAGCCGUACCCAGGAGCACCAGGGAACUACAUCGAGAGUAGCGCUUCGGCCAUGUUCACCUUUGGUUGGCUGAAGGGUAUCCGGUUGGGCUUACUUGACGAGAGCGAGUAUCUCGAGCCGGCGCUCAAGGCGUACCGUGGACUUAUAGAGAAGUUUGUGAAAGUAGAUGACGAGGGCGCUCUGAAUUGGGAGGGGACUGUGGAAGUUGGUUCCCUAGGCAGUAAUGGAACUUACGAGUAUUAUAUCUCGAUACCCCUGGUUGAAAACGACCACAGGGGAGCUGGAGCUUUCAUGCUUGCGGCUUAUGAGAUAGAAAGACGUUAGAUACAUAUCAAUAACUAGUUCUUCGAUAGUUUGACGGUAUGACUGCCAGGUUUAUUACAUUAGUCUCGUUCCGGGAAUCCACACCAUAACUGAGGGCAUAGAUAUCACUUAGAGAUAUGCAAUAAGACUUGCUCUGAGAAUCGAUGGGUAGAAAAGAUUUUGUCGCGUAACAGCAUCGUUAUCCCUAUAACUACCUAAGGUACUUACAUAUGUAGGUGCUUGCUUAAUGUGCUUUCGGCAAUCUGCUUCCUAAGCGUCUUUCCGGUCAAGUUAUGUAGAAGACAAGCAUAUCGUAGUUGUACUGUGUAUGUGAGCCUCGACAUUUCGGCACAUCUGAAAGGACAGGGGUAAAUCAAGGCAUCCAGGUCUUUGUAGGCACCAAGCCUGAAGGAUCUCUGGCUCGAUGCUACGCUGCCGGUGCUGGAGUUGAAAAAUCAGGUUAUUCGCGCGCAGGGGUUGAAAAGGAAAAGGGGAAGGAAAUGAUUUGGUCGUGUUAACGGUCGGUACUAUGAAGUUAAUAUCGUAUGUAUCGCAGAGCUAAAGAUUUAAAUUUUUGAGCUGGGAGAUCCGCU